AUGCCACUCACCGCUGCGCGUAGCGAUGCCGAAGUGCGAGGGACGCUACAUGAUAUGUUUGUAGCCCAAGCAGAGGCUACACCCGAGCGUAUGGCUCUUGUGGAUGGCUUGGGGAGUCUGACCUAUGGUGAGCUUGCCACUCGUGCUGAGUACCUGGCCAGUCAUCUUGCUGCUCUUGGCGUGGCUCGCGACACGGCAGUUGGCCUCUAUCUUCGCAAAUCUUCGGCUUAUAUGGUUGCUCUCAUGGCUGCUCUCAUGGCUGGCGGUGCCUUCUUUGUCAUCGAAGUCGCAUCACCUCGUCCGCUGCUCAAGCACAUGCUCGCUACCGUCGCUCCUCCGGUCGUCAUCACUGAUGCAGAGCUCGAGCCGACGCUCAUUGAGGCCCUCGAUGGCGCAGAGUGCUCUCCGGUCGUCAUCGAGUAUGAGGCGCAUGGUCCGUCAGUCGACAAGUGGAUGGCUCGCCUGAGCGAGCUGGUCGCUGCUCAGGGCCUCACCCCGCUGCCGGCGGACAAGCGUGUGCCGGUCGAUCGCGAUGCCCUUGCCUUUGUCUCGGCCUCGUCCGGAACGACAGGCAUGCCCAAGGCCAUCCUCAACCCGCAUCAUGCGCCAGUCACCUCGUACAUUUGGCGGUGGUCACUGGCGGGAGGUGACUACACCCCGCUCCCCGGCCGCAACGGCUACGUCGUCGCCGCCAACGUGUUCUACAUCUGGGAGUCGAUCCGUCCGCUUCUCCGCGGUGGCACGCUGCUCUCCAUCCCCAACAGCAUCAUCUACGACUUUCCGGCGCUGGUGAGCUACCUGGAGGAGCACGAUGUGUCCGAGAUGCUCUUCACGCCCUCGCUCAUUGAGUCGCUCCUCGCCUCGUACGACAUGGACGCGCUCCGCGCCCUCUUUGCCGGCUUUGCCAUCGUCUGGCUCAACGGCGAGGUGGUAACCCGCAAGCUGCUGGCGACGCUCGAGUCGGUUCUUCCGGACUCGUGCGCUCUGUACAACCUGUACUCGAUCUCCGAGUGCCACGAAGUGGCGGCGCUCAAUCUGCGCAAGCCCGAGCUGCUCGCCGACUCGCCGGCUGUGGCGCCGGUCGGCUUCCCAGCCGACACUGCCCACUGCCACAUCCUCGACUCGGAGACCCUGGCGCCGGUCGCGCCGGGUGAGGCCGGCGAGCUCUUUGUCUCGGGCCCGGUCCUCGCCCGCGGCUACUCGUCGCCGGCGCUCACCGCCGAGCGCUUCCCGCCGAACCCGUUUGCGCUCGCUGAUGCCGGCGGUGAGUUUGUGGGCAACACCCACGACGAUGUCCGCUGCGACUACACCGACCGCAUGUACAAGACCGGCGACCGGGUGAGGCUCCUGCCCAACGGGUGCCUCGAGGUCCUCGGCCGCUGCAACUUUUUCGUCAAGAUCCGCGGGUAUUCGGUCACGCUCUCGGCCAUCGAGUCGGCGCUGCUGGAGAGCCUUGCCCUUGCGUCGGCCGUCGUCGUAGCCGACGGCGCCGAGGGUGAGGACAAGCGGCUGGCGGCGUACCUGGUGGUGACCGACGAGUCGGUAGCACCGCCUGGCAAGCACUUGCCGACGGCGGCAGACAUCGACUCGACGACCGGUGCCGCGCCCGCGCUGCGCGCCGCUCUCGCCGACGUCCUGCCGGACUACAUGAUUCCGUCGGUCUGGCUCCUCCUCGACGACCUGCCCAUCAACAGCGUAUCCGGCAAGCUCGACCGCAAGGCCUUGCCGGAGCUCCCGUCGCGGGCACAGGUCCCGCCGCUUCCGCCGAUUGUGCCCCAGGGUGCGGCGUCGCUGGGCAUGGCCGAGACCGAGGCUGUUCUCUGCGCCAUCUGGGACCACGUGCUCUCGCUGCCGGCCGGAACGGUGACGGCAAACGACUCGUUCUUUGACCUUGGCGGGCACUCGCUGGCGGCGGCUCAACUGCUGUACCAGUACGAACGCAUCCUCGGCGGCAAGCUCGCCAUGACCGCACUGUAUGCCGAGCCGGGCCUUGCCGCCCACGCCGCGGCGCUGUCGGGCAAGGCCGGGCCGAUCGGCAUUGCCGACGCGCAGCCGUGGGUCGACGACGCCAAGCUGUUCAACAGCAACCCGCUUGAUGUUGUCAAGACCCCGCAGUGGACUGGCAUCAGCUCGGCGCGCGGCAUCCUGCUCACCGGAGCAACAGGCUUCCUCGGUUCGUCAAUCCUCGCGCAGCUCAUCCACGACAAGACCGAUGCCGAGGUCAUCUUUGUGGUUGUCCGCCCGCGGUCCGAGUCGCCGGGCGAUACGCGGACGGCGAUGAUGGGCGCGUUUGACACGUAUGCGCUCGACGUGCGGGCGCUCGACCGUGCACUCAACACCGGACGGGUGGUGGUGGUCGAGGGCGACCUGAGCUCGGAGGAGCCGCGGGCGGGCAAGGGCCUGCUGCGGCCCGAAGUUCUGGAGAGCGUUGUGCCGCGCGUUGAUGUCAUCAUCCACUGCGCGGCGUGGGUCAACCUCGUCCUGCCGUACGAUCUCCUUCGCGGUGCCAACGUGUUGGGCACGCUAGCGGUGGCGACGCUGGCCAGCGCCGCCGGCGCGACGCUGCACUACAUCUCGACCAACGGCAUCUUCCCGCCGGCGGCGAGUGGGGCGCUGGCCGAGACGCGGGAGAUCGGCGGGCUGGAGGCCACGCUGGUGUCGACCUCGGGCUACGGGCAGACCAAGUGGGCGGCGGAGCAGCUUGUGUGGGCGGCGGCCGACGCGGGCGUUCCGGUCUCUGUCUACCGGCCCGGCAACCUCGGCGGGUCGUCGGUGAGCGGGUGCGUGAACCCGGCCGACUCGCAGGUCCUCAUCUGGCUCGGCAUUCUGCACACGGCGUGUGCGCCGCUGCUCGACGAGUGGGAGGUCGAGCUGACGCCGGUCGACUACGCGGCGCGGCUUGUCAUCGGACUCGGCUCGGAGCCGAGCUCUGCGGGUGCGGCGUUCAACGUGGUCCAUCCGUCGCCGGUCUCGGGCACCGAGUGGAACGCGUGGCUCUCUGCGGCUGCGGGCGUUGCUCUCGAGUACGUGUCGUACGGCGAGUGGCGGGCGCGUGUGCUUGCGGCGGCGGCAGGUGCCGGCCCGUCGUCGAUGCUCUCGCAAGUCGCGGCGUGGGUGGCCUCGCUCCAGUCUGCGGCGGAGCUUGUGGAUGUGCCGCGGCUGGCGACGGGUGCGACGGCGUCGCACGAGGCGGCGCAUCUGGCGGACGCGGGGCGGCGGCGCGGACUCGGGCGUGCGCUGGUGGCCAAGUACGUGGCCAACAUGGCCGCGCGAGGGUGGCUGCCGGUCGGCGCCGGCUCUGCGCCGCUUGCCGGCAAGGUGGCGCUUGUCACGGGCGCGUCGUCCGGAAUCGGGCGGGCGACGGCGCAGGCGUUGGCGGCGGCGGGCGCGGCAGUCAUGUUUGCGGCGCGGUCGGAGGAGAAGCUGGCGGCGGCAGUGGCAGAGGCGCGCGGACGCGUGGCGUGUGUCGGCAUGGACGUGACGUCGCAGGCGUCGGUGGAGGCUGGAGUGGCGGCGACAGUCGCGGCCUUUGGCCCGGUCGACAUCCUUGUCAACUGCGCCGGCGUGAUGUACUUCACGCACAUGGCGUCUGUCUGCAUCGACGAUUGGAUGCGGACGAUUGACGUCAACUGCAAGGGCACGACGCUGACCAUCGGCACGGUCCUGCCGUCGAUGCUCGAGCGCGGCUCCGGCCACGUCGUCAACAUCUCGUCCGACGCCGGGCGCAAGGUCUUCCCGGGCCUCUCGGUCUACUCGGCAUCCAAGUUCUAUGUGGAGGCGCUCUCCCAGGGCCUCCGGGUCGAGACCGCCAACACCGGCAUCCGUGUCACCUCCAUCCAGCCGGGCAACGUGGCCACGCCGCUGCUCGGCCUCUCCACCGACGCCUCAGCCGUCGAGCAGUACGGUGCGCCGUCGGGCGCGAAGGUCCUCGAGCCCGAGGACGUCGCCCGUUCCAUCGUGUACGCCGUGACGCAGCCCGAGUGGGUCGGCGUCAACGAAGUCCUCAUCGAGCCGCGCGAGGAGCCUGCGUAG